AUGGCAGAAUUCACCCACGAAAGUACAGAGGAACAAGAAGAGGAAGUUUUACAGGAGGAAGUAUUAGAUUUUGCACCAGCAGCAUUGGAUGACUCCCUGCCAGAAGUGGAGGAUCCUCUACAAGAAAUAAACUUAGGGACAGAAGAAGAUCCAAGGCCUACUUUCAUCAGCACACUUUUAAAAGAACCACUCAAGUCUGAACUCAUGGCACUUUUACAGGAGUUCAGAGAUUGUUUUGCCUGGCAUUAUCACGAGAUGCCAGGACUAGACAGACAAAAAACAGGGGCAGUUAGAAUCUGUGUGGAUUACAGAAAUCUGAAUGAAGCAUCUCCCAAAGACGAAUAUCCUAUGCCAAUGGCAGACAUGCUAAUAGACGGAGCUGCUCAUAACCAGAUGCUAUCUUUCAUGGAUGGCAAUGCAGGUUAUAACCAGAUCAUGAUGGCAGAACAAGACAUCCACAAGACAGCCUUCAUGUGCCCAGGGCAUAUAGGUGCUUUCGAAUAUACUGUAAUGCCUUUCGGUUUAAGGAAUGCGGGUGCUACCUAUCAAAGGGCAAUGAAUUCCAUUUUUCAUGAUAUGAUAGGACAUUCUUUAGAAGUGUACAUAGAUGAUGUGGCAGGAAAUUUCUUAGGAUUCUUGGUUCACCAGAGAGGCAUAGAGGUUGACAAGAAUAAAGCAAAGUCCAUCAUGGAAGCCCUACCACCUCGGAACAAAAAGGAACUUCAGAGUCUCCUAGGAAAAAUCAAUUUUCUAAGGAGAUUCAUAUCUAAUUCUGCAGGAAAAAUUCAACCUUUUUCUUCCCUGUUAAGGCUGAAGCAAGAACAAACAUUCAAGUGGGAAGAACAGCACCAACAGGCUUUCCAGGAAAUAAAACAUUACCUCUCAAAUCCACCAGUCCUGUCCCCCCCAAAAAGAGGCAGACCACUCAAGCUCUAUGUAUCUGCUUCAGAAGUAUCCAUUGGAAGUCUGCUAGUUCAAGAUAACAAAGAAGGAAAGGAGCAAGCAGUCUACUAUCUAAGCAGAACAUUAACAGAAGUGGAAAGAAGGUAUUCCGCGAUAGAAAGGCUUUGCCUGGCCUUGUAUUUUACUGCCGUAAAACUCAGACACUACAUGCUGCCACACACUAUCUACAUCAUCGCCAAGACAGACUUAAUCAAAUAUAUGUUGACAAGACCAAUGCUGAGGGGCAGAAUUGGGAAAUGGACUUUGGCUUUGACAGAAUUCACCCUCAGGUAUGUCCCCCAGAAAGCUGUCAAAGGGCAAGCUGUGGCAGACUUCUUAGCAGAUCACCCAGGAGAGGAAAUUGAAAACAUGGACUCUUUGGACAUAGCAAAUGCGAAUCUACUAACUAGGGCUCAUGUUUGCCUUAACAAUCCAAUCUAUUCGAUUCAUCUCACACCUUGGAAACUAUAUUUUGAUGGAUCAAAAACAGAUAAGGCUUCAGGAGCCGGGGUUGUUCUGGAGGAACCAUUGGGGGUCAGACAUUGCUAUUCCUUCCAAUUAGAUUUCCAGUGCACCAACAACAGGGCCGAGUAUGAAGCUUUGAUUAUAGGGCUUGAGAUGUUGGUAGAAUUAGGAAUCCAAUCCGUGGAGAUCUUGGGAGAUUCCAUGCUUGUCCUAAAACAGAUUGCUGGAGAAUACAAAUGUCUAAAUCCUUCCCUGGCUGUAUAUCUAGUAGCAGCUAGAAAUCUGUUGACAGAAUUUAGAGAAGCUACUUGGGAAUACAUCCCAAGGGAAGAAAACUUCGCAGCCAAUGAACUGGCUCAGGUAGCAUCAGGCAUACAAAUGCCCGGAGACUGCGUCCAGAGGAUCAUCAAGAUAGGAAGGAAAAGUCUACCAUCUGUUUUGACUAGAGGAAUGGAGAUAGAAGUCAAUUCUGCCUUAAUCACUAAAGACGAUUGGAGGGAGCCUAUCAUGACUUACUUGCAGUAUCCCAUUCUGCCCUCCGAGAAAAGAGUCAGAAUCAUGGCUACAAACUACCUCAUGUGGAAUGAAGAUUUGGUCCGAAAAAGUAAGGAUGAGGUGCUAUUAAGGUGCCUUGGAAAGACAGAAUAUAUGAAAGUCAUGGGAGAAACCCAUGAGAGGGGAUCUAUGGGGCUCACCAAGGGGGAAGAAAGAUGUGCUGGUUAA